AUCCGUCAGGCUGGAAAAAGUGUAAACAAAAACAGAAAAACUGCCACAGGGAGCCCAAGGAGGAUGGAGAGCGUCCUGUAUCGACACAAUUCAGGCUCAGAAGGUGAUGAUGAUUUCCCGGACACGAGAUUGCAUCAAGAGUACCCCGAAGAGAAGCAAGUGAAGGAGGAAGUGACAGAAAAUGUUCGGAUUAAGAGAUCAGACAGCUUCCUCAGUCCAUCGGAUUCAGAGCCUGGAGAUGAGGAUUUUGACUCUUCCGACAUGGCACAUGCCAUUGAGGAAAAUCUCCUGCGAGAGCUCGAUGACAAAUCCACAAAACCCAUCAAAAUGGAAGAAGAAACAGGGAAUCGAAUGGAAGAUGAUAUCAUCCUCCCGUCUGAGGUGCAGCACACAAUCUCCGACAGAGAACUCGAGCAGAGGAACCGAGACAGACAGAAGAGGAAAGAAUUGAAGUCCCGGAAAGAAGCCGAAGAGGAAGAAAGAGAGAAAAUGCAGGUUUUGGUAUCGAACUUCACGGAGGAACAACUCGACAGAUAUGAGAUGUUCAGGAGAUCUGCCUUUCCAAAAGCCGCCGUUAAGCGCCUGAUGCAGACAAUAACCGGAUGUUCAGUGUCCCAGAAUGUCGUUAUAGCCAUGUCAGGGAUAGCCAAGGUAUUUGCCGGGGAAGUUGUCGAAGAAGCUCUAGACGUAAUGGAGGCUGCCGGUGAGACAGGAGCCCUCCAGCCAAAAUACAUCAGAGAAGCUGUCCGGAGGCUCAGAGCACGAGGAAUAAUCCCUUCCGGACGAGCCCAUAAGCAAUUCUUCCGGCUGAACUGACAUGCUCUGCUACUGCCCCCAAAAAUAUUCAUCUGAGAGAGACAAAAAAAAAAGCCGGGAGCAAAAAUGAGGAAGAAUUUGAGAGGGCAACGACUGCUUUCCUUAUCAUACGCGUGUUUUUUUUUUAACUGACUCCAGCGAUAAUUUCUCCGCGGGCUUUUUCCUUCCAUCUCUCUCCCCGGAGAAGCUCUGAACAUCCCUGUGGGCUAUUGCAUAAAAAUCCCAUCGAGCAAAAAAUGCACUCGCCUUAAAAAAAAACUAAUUUACUGAUAAGGAUGUUGCAAGAGAUCAUUGAAUAAACAAAGAAAUUCACA